UACAGAGUUUUAAUUACUUUCUACUAAAAUUGCAUUUCUUACACCACUGAAGAAGGAAGAUCUGAGAAACAUUCAUAUCAGAUAGAAUGUUUUCCGGAAAGUACCGAAAGACCAGCCGAAGUUUGCCGAUUGCUUUCAUGCGAGGUCGGAUUCUACGUCACGGAUGUUCACGUCAACUUGUUUACAAACAUUGCAGAACUUGAAAAUGGACGAAAAUUUGCAGAAAAAGUUCCCACCUGUCAUUGAGCUUAAUGUUGGAGGAAAGCUUUACACAACCACCUUAUUGACCUUGGUGAAAUGCAAGGAUACAAUGUUAGCUGCUAUGUUUAGUGGGAAUUAUGAUGUUAAAAAAGAUCAACAUGGGCGUUACUUCAUAGAUGCUGAUGGGGAGAAUUUCCACUACAUCUUGAACUACUUGCGUUAUGGAGAGCUUCCUCCACAGGAUGUUGCCCCCAAAAUUUACAGAGAAGCGACAUACUUUGGCCUCCAAGGUAUGGUGGAAGAGCUGGAGAAAAACCCAUCCUUUCUCGCUAAAAUCCACAGGGAAAGUUUCAGGGCUCAGUUUCCUGGUUACACAAAACUCAUGAAUUCCAUCAUCAACAAAAUUUAUCAGGAAUCCUCCAAAAACACAGAAACUGUUUCAUCAUUGCUUGUCACACUUUUCGCCAAAGACAAAAAACCAAAGCUCGAAGCAUUUGACAAAAACCAUUGGUGCACUUUCAAAUCGAAAAAUAAGAAGCGACUCAAGGUGGAUUUUGUCCUUGGUCCGUGGACAAGCAAGACAAAGGAGAAGGAGGUGAUGGACUGCAUUGUGUUUGACUUUAAAGAGCAGGGCUUCACCCUAACACACGAGAGUAUAGGCCAGUGUUCAUAUAAAUGUGACAGUCCACCGGAUUACCCAGGGGAGGCAACUGUGGAAAAUUGCCCCCGAUCCAUUUUCAAAUUAUCUUUUCACUGGUGGAAAUGAAGCAUAGAGAUCAUCUUCACUAGCCAAGGGUUUUUAAAUGGACUGAAAACCCUUGGCUAGUGAGGAUGCAUAGAGAUCAACUACCUCAGUUUAGGCGUGUUCUAGGGUCAAUGUUAAUUUUUUUUAUGUAUCUGCUCUCUUUUAUACCUCUUUCUAAUGUCAGAAAAUUAUUUUAGGACACUGAGAGCAGUCCGAAAAAAAACCCCAGAGAGAUGAGAACCAGUCUAACCUCAGUUUUACUUCACCUGAUUUUGCUUUGUACAUAUAUUAUGUGGAUAACUUACAUAUAUUUAAAUAUUUUAAGAUUUACAUUUGUUAUUGCAAUUUAGAUAGUUGUUUAAUAGCAUUUUAGUAUGAAAAAAUAUAUAUACAUAUUCAUGUUUAUAAAAUUUUGUUUUUAUGCUUCAGUUCUAGAGGCACAGCAGUUGUUGAUAUUUAAUGUAGUAUUUAUAUUUUAUGUAGACACUCAGUAUACCGUUUUUUAUUUGUUAUCAAAAAUAUUUCUUUACUUAAUGGAAUGUUUGAAGAGUUUUAUAAUCCAUGUGCAUGUUUUUGGUUCAUACUGUUAGACAUACAAUGUAUAAAAUUUACCAUGUUUACGAGAAAUCUUAAGGAAAAAAGAGAACAAAAACAAACAAAAAGAAAAAGACAAAAAACUCCCAAAUCCAGCUGUAGUGAUAUUUUUUUCUGUAGGUUUCAAACACUUCAUGUGAUAAAGUUCAUUUAAGGGUAAUAUACACAGUACAAAAAAUAACAUGCACAGCCUCUGCUUGUGUUGAUUUUAAAUUCAACGAGGAAAUAUUAAUUAAGUAUCCUAAACAAUGAAAAUUUCCAGCACAAAUAAUUAUCACAACCCUGUCUAUCAAUUCAAUAAUCCUUGAUUAUACUGUGUUAUUAAAAAAUUAAAUAUCGAGUUUUUACACCAGUCAACAUUAUGGCCAUUCAAUCUAUGUACAAUUUUUAACAUUUUUGUAUUAGUUUCAGAUGAAAUAAGGCUUGUCUACUAAUAUAGACGUCUAUUGUAUUUCUAUCACGAUUUGAUGUUAAAAACAUUGAUUACUCCUUUUUUUAACCUGUGGUUUCAAUAUUGACUCCUGUGAAGAAGGCAAAUAAAUUCGGAUGUCCUUUAGGUCCUAAUGCAGGAUUAAUUACACCAAGCAACUACAUUAUUAAACAAUUGUUGUUGUGGUUGAUAUCUUUACUGAGCACAGGAUAAUUAGUUUCUGAGAGGGAGACAUAUUUAUUCUUGUUUUCAGUUUACUAGUAAUAUUUUCAGUAUAUUUCAACAAUUUACGUACAUCACGAAUAAUAGUUAUAUUGCACUAGUAUAAUGCAUUAUUAUCUUCAAGCGAAAACAUCUGCUCUGGUUGUCAAGGAAAGAAAAUUGUCCUUACAAAAAACCUGUGAAACAUAUUAAUUAUGUAUGUAUAUUUUAUUCCUUACACAUAAGAUUGUUAUCACCAAUGAUUGCACAUCUUUUCGUAAAACAGGAGAGCUGUACAUAAUACUAUACAUCCUUGAAAUAUUAAGUAUUAGAAAUAUGAAACACACACUGUCAGUAUAUAGUUAAUGAAAUAGUUAAUGGAAUUUACACUGAUGAAAGGUUUGGCUAUGUACAAUGCAAUGUUUUCCCUUGUUCUAUUAAGUUCAUAUAUAUUAAAAUAUGACUUGGAUCUAACAUGAAUAUCAAUCCGUUUCAGCCUCUUCUUUGUCGACAAAUCCACUAGUCAUUUCUAUGUCCGUCAAACUCCUGGUACGCCUGA